AUGGCGGCUCAGCCUCUUGUAAAGAAAGACGAAGACUAUGAAGAGUGCCACUCUCUGUUUUGGAGGAUUGAGAAGGGUGCUGUUCUUCAAGAAGCUAGGGUGUUCUUCAAUGAUGCUCAGCUAGACUCAAGAAGAUGCUACCAAGUUAUCACAAAGCUUUUGUAUCUACUGAACCAGGGCGAAACGUUCACCAAAAUUGAGACUACAGAAGUUUUCUUUGCCAUGACUAAGCUUUUCCGGUCCACAGACAAAGGUUUGAGGAGAAUGGUUUAUCUUAUGAUAAAAGAGCUCUUGCCUUGUGCUGAUGAGGUUUUUAUUGUGACAAGCUCCCUGAUGAAGGACAUGAAUAGCAAAGCAAGUGAUGAUAUGUAUCGCAGGGCAAAUGCCAUUCGUGUGCUUUGUAGGAUUGCGGAUGGAACCCUUGUUACACAGAUUGAGAGGUACUUGAAACAAGCCAUUGUUGACAAUAAUCCAGUUGUUGCAAGUGCAGCUCUAGUUAGUGGCAUCCAUCUAUUCAAGACUAAUCCGGAGACUGUUAAAUGGUGGACUAAUGAGGUCCAGCAAGCUGCUCAGUACUCAGGGGCAUCCCUUGUGCAGUUCCAUGCCCUGGCUUUACUUCAUCGUAUACGACAACAUGAUGCUCUUGCUAUUAGCAAGAUGGUUACCAGCUUGACAAGUGGGAAUACUGUCGACCGUUCUCCAAUGGCUGAAUGCCUGUUGAUCCGCUAUGCUAGUCAAGUUUUGCGUGACUCCGCUGGAACUGGAAGUAGUAGACAAUUAGAAAGUGAUAGUUGUAGAUCCUUUUAUGAUUAUCUUGAGAGUUGCCUGCAGCACAAAGCAGAGAUGGUGAUGUUUGAGGCUGCCAGAGCAAUUACAGAGCUCCCUGGUGUGACCAACGUACUAAUGGCUCAAGCUAUCAGUGCUCUUCAGCUAUUUCUAAGCUCUUCUAAGCCGCCGGUGUUAAAAUUUGCUGCCAUCCGCACUCUGAACAAGGUGGCAAUGACACAUCCAAAGGCCAUGAUCUGCAACAGUGAUAUGGAGAGUAUGGUUUCUGAACAGAAUAGAAGCAUUGCCACAUUUGCAAUCACCACACUUCUCAAAACAACAAAUGAUCCAGCAACUGCGGACUGUUUGGUGAAGAAGAUAACUAAUUUCAUGUCCGAGAUUGCUGAUGAUGAACUCAAAUUAGUAGUUGUCGAAGCCAUUAGAUCAUUGUGUAUGAAGUUUCCGGGGAACUACAGAGCUGUGUUGGAGUUCCUAAGCAAAAAUCUUAGAGAAAAAGGUGGUGUGUUCGAGUACAAAAAGGCAAUUCUUGAUUCAAUUGUUAGUCUGAUUAGAGAUAUCCCAGAAGCAAAAGAAACUGGCUUACUUCAACUUUGUGAGUUCAUUGACGAAAAUUUCAAAUUCACCUACCUUACCACUCAGAUACUCCACCUUUUGGGGAUUGAAGGGCCAAGAACCUCAGAUGCAAGUAGAUACAUAAGGUACAUUAAUAAUCGAGUGCAUCUUGAUGCGAAUGCCAGUGUCCGGGCCAGUGCAGUGAGCACAUUAGCCAAAUUUGGUGCCAUGGUUGAUUCACUGAAGCCACAAGUACUUAUUCUGUUAAGAAGAUGUCUCUUUGACAGUGAUGAUGAGGUUCGAGACAGGGCGAUACUCUAUGUCAAUACACUUGGAGGAGAUCAUGACUCUAUACUUGUUGAGAACAUGAAGGGCUUCCUCUUUGGCUCUCUAAAUGUUCCCCUAGUCAAUCUCGAAAAGAGUUUGAGGACUUAUUUGGCAUCUGCUUCAGAAGAACCGUUUGACAUUACUUCUGUACCUAAAGAGAAUGAGACUGAGAAGAAAGCACACAUUGAAAAGCCAACUACAUCCACCACAGUCUCCGUUUCCUCUAUUCCGGAGUUCUCAAACUUUGGGAAUCUUUUCAAAUCUUCAGAACCUGUGGAGUUGACAGAGGUAGAAACUGAAUAUGCAGUUAGUGUUGUCAAGCACAUUUUCGAUAGGCAUAUAGUGUUCGAGUAUAACUGCAGCAACACCAUUCCGGAGCACUUGCUGGAAAAAGUUGUGGUCGCCGUGGAUCCUUACGAAGGAGAGGACUUCACUCAAGCUGGAUACAAACCUAUCAAGUCUCUUCCCUAUGGUGACACACCUGGACAGGCCUUUUCGGAAUUUGAGAAGCCGAAAGGUGUCCCUGCUGCUGUAGGAAAAUUUUCAAACAUGUUGAGGUUUAGAGUUACAGAAGUUGAUCCAACCGCUGGUGAAGUAGUAGAAGAUGAUAAUGGUGUAGAAGAUGAGUACCAGCUAGAUGACAUUGAGGUGGUUCCUGCCGAUUAUAUGUUGAAGGGUGAAGAGGUACUAGAUUUCAGGCAUGCAUGGAAAACGAUGGGCCCUGACUUUGAGCUGGUAGAGGAAUAUCGGGUGGACCAAAGGGAGAGCUUGGGUGAAGUGGUUGCGGCCGCCAUCAACCUCCUCGGAAUGCAGCCAUGCGAGGGCACCGAGGUGGUUGCCGGCAACUCAAGGUCACACAUGGUUCUACUGUCGGGUGUGUACACAGGCAAUGUGGAUGUCCUAGUGCGGUUGUCGUUUGGAGUUGAUAGUAGUUCAAAGGAGGUUGUGAUGAAAGUUGCGGUUAGGUCCAAAGAUGGGAGUGUCAGCUGUGCCAUCCACGACAUGGUGGAGAGCGGCUAG